AUGGACCCGCGAUUGGCGCUAGAGCUAGAGGAUGAGCGCGAAGACGUCGAAGCACGUCUGCAGAAGAUACAGGAGGAGGUCGAGUCGCUGCUAGAGGAGCAGGAGCAGCUAAUCAAGAGACGCGAGGAGAUUAACUCCAGACUAGAGGCGUCGGCUGCGGCUGCAGCCGCGUGGGCUGCUGCUAAUAACGCGAAUGCUAAUAACGAAGCUGGGAGUGAGAACAAAAGUGCAGGUGAUAGGAAUGCUGGUGGUGGUGGUGACGGUGGUGUUGCAAAAUCUGAUCAAGGGGUAGCUGUGGGUGUGGGGGGGUCAAGAGGAGUAGGAGGAGCAGGAGGAGCAGGAGCAGGGGGAGGAGCGGCAGGAGGAGCAGGUGCAACAGGGUUGGGAUCGGUGACAAGGUGGCAAGCCCCUUUUGAGUGGGACGGCCAGGCGGCUGCGAUUGGGCGAGAUGUGUUUGGGAUCGGACGGUUCAGAUCGCAGCAGAAGGAGAUCAUCAACGCUGUCCUGUGCAAGAGGGACGUGUUCGUGAUCAUGCCAGCAGGGGGCGGCAAGACCCUCUGCUACCAGCUGCCUGCACCGCUCUCUCUUCACUCUCCCCUCUCUCUCCCCCCUCCUGUCGGCCCCGCCUUUCUCCCCCCACGUGUCCUUCCUCUCCUCCUUCCCUCGUCAGAUCAUCAACGCAGUUCUGUGCAAGAGGGACGUGUUCGUGAUCAUGUCAGCAGGGGGGGGCAAGAGCCUCUGCUACCAGCUGCCUGCACUGCUCUCUCCAGGCAUCUCCCUGGUUGUCAGCCCGCUGCUGUCUCUUAUUCACGACCAGGCAUCUCCCUGGUUGUCAGCCCUCUGCUGUCACUCAUUCACGACCAGUGUGACUCUCUGUGCCACCAGCUGCCUGCGCUGCUCUCGCCUGGCAUCUCCCUUGUCGUCAGCCCUCUGCUGUCCCUCGUCCACGCCCACACACAGGUCAUGUGUCUGUCGGGCUUUGGCGUGCCAGCAGCCAUGCUCACAUCUACAACCUCCAAGGACGAGGAAAGGGCGAUCUAUUCCACUCUGCUUGGCUGCUCCUCACUGGAAACCCUCUGCUUACUCCCCUCUUUCCACCACCCACCCACCCACCCACCCACCCACCCACACACACGGGUCAUGUCUCUGUCAGGCUUUGGCGUGCCAGCUGCCAUGCUCACUUCUACACCAUCCAAAGACGGGGAGAGGGCGAUCUGUGCCUCUCUUCACCACCCCACCCACACUCUAUCACACAGGUCAUGUGUCUGCUUUGGGGUGUCAGAAGCCAUGCUCACAUCUACCACCUCCAAAGAGGAGGAAAGGGCGAUCUAUAAAACUCUAGUUGACUUCUCACCUCGUGCCUGCCCCCUCCAAUCCCCAGUAGGCUUCGGUGUGCCGGCAGCCAUGCUCACAUCUACCACCUCCAAAGAGGAGGAAAGGGCGAUCUAUAAAACUCUAGUUGACUUCUCACCUCGUGCCUGCCCCCUCCAAUCCCCAGUAGGCUUCGGUGUGCCGGCAGCCAUGCUCACAUCUACCACCUCCAAAGAGGAGGAAAGGGCGAUCUAUAAAACUCUAGUUGACUUCUCACCUCGUGCCUGCCCCCUCCAAUCCCCAGUAGGCUUCGGUGUGCCGGCAGCCAUGCUCACAUCUACCACCUCCAAAGAGGAGGAAAGGGCGAUCUAUAAAACUCUAGUUGACUUCUCACCUCGUGCCUGCCCCCUCCAAUCCCCAGUAGGCUUCGGUGUGCCGGCAGCCAUGCUCACAUCUACCACCUCCAAAGAGGAGGAAAGGGCGAUCUAUAAAACUCUAGUUGACUUCUCACCUCGUGCCUGCCCCCUCCAAUCCCCAGUAGGCUUCGGUGUGCCAGCAGCCAUGCUCACAUCUACCACCUCCAAAGAGGAGGAAAGGGCGAUCUAUAAAACUCUAGUUGACUUCUCACCUCGUGCCUGCCCCCUCCAAUCCCCAGUAGGCUUCGGUGUGCCGGCAGCCAUGCUCACAUCUACCACCUCCAAAGAGGAGGAAAGGGCGAUCUAUAAAACUCUAGUUGACUUCUCACCUCGUGCCUGCCCCCUCCAAUCCCCAGUAGGCUUCGGUGUGCUGGCAGCCAUGCUCACAUCUACCACCUCCAAAGAGGAGGAAAGGGCGAUCUAUAAAACUCUAGUUGACUUCUCACCUCGUGCCUGCCCCCUCCAAUCCCCAGUAGGCUUCGGUGUGCCAGCAGCCAUGCUCACAUCUACCACCUCCAAAGAGGAGGAAAGGGCGAUCUAUAAAACUCUAGUUGACUUCUCACCUCGUGCCUGCCCCCUCCAAUCCCCAGUAGGCUUCGGUGUGCCGGCAGCCAUGCUCACAUCUACCACCUCCAAAGAGGAGGAAAGGGCGAUCUAUAAAACUCUAGUUGACUUCUCACCUCGUGCCUGCCCCCUCCAAUCCCCAGUAGGCUUCGGUGUGCCAGCAGCCAUGCUCACAUCUACCACCUCCAAAGAGGAGGAAAGGGCGAUCUAUAAAACUCUAGUUGACUUCUCACCUCGUGCCUGCCCCCUCCAAUCCCCAGUAGGCUUCGGUGUGCUGGCAGCCAUGCUCACAUCUACCACCUCCAAAGAGGAGGAAAGGGCGAUCUAUAAAACUCUAGUUGACUUCUCACCUCGUGCCUGCCCCCUCCAAUCCCCAGUAGGCUUCGGUGUGCCGGCAGCCAUGCUCACAUCUACCACCUCCAAAGAGGAGGAAAGGGCGAUCUAUAAAACUCUAGUUGACUUCUCACCUCGUGCCUGCCCCCUCCAAUCCCCAGUAGGCUUCGGUGUGCCAGCAGCCAUGCUCACAUCUACCACCUCCAAAGAGGAGGAAAGGGCGAUCUAUAAAACUCUAGUUGACUUCUCACCUCGUGCCUGCCCCCUCCAAUCCCCAGUAGGCUUCGGUGUGCCGGCAGCCAUGCUCACAUCUACCACCUCCAAAGAGGAGGAAAGGGCGAUCUAUAAAACUCUAGUUGACUUCUCACCUCGUGCCUGCCCCCUCCAAUCCCCAGUAGGCUUCGGUGUGCCGGCAGCCAUGCUCACAUCUACCACCUCCAAAGAGGAGGAAAGGGCGAUCUAUAAUACUCUAGUUGACUUCUCACCUCGUGCCUGCCCCCUCCAAUCCCCAGUAGGCUUCGGUGUGCCGGCGGCCAUGCUCACAUCUACCACCUCCAAAGAGGAGGAAAGGGCGAUCUAUAAAACUCUAGUUGACUUCUCACCUCGUGCCUGCCCCCUCCAAUCCCCAGUAGGCUUCGGUGUGCCGGCGGCCAUGCUCACAUCUACCACCUCCAAAGAGGAGGAAAGGGCGAUCUAUAAAACUCUAGUUGACUUCUCACCUCGUGCCUGCCCCCUCCAAUCCCCAGUAGGCUUCGGUGUGCCGGCAGCCAUGCUCACAUCUACCACCUCCAAAGAGGAGGAAAGGGCGAUCUAUAAAACUCUAGUUGACUUCUCACCUCGUGCCUGCCCCCUCCAAUCCCCAGUAGGCUUCGGUGUGCCGGCGGCCAUGCUCACAUCUACCACCUCCAAAGAGGAGGAAAGGGCGAUCUAUAAAACUCUAGUUGACUUCUCACCUCGUGCCUGCCCCCUCCAAUCCCCAGUAGGCUUCGGUGUGCCGGCGGCCAUGCUCACGUCUACAACCUCCAAAGAGGAGGAGGAAAGGGUGGUAUCUGCUACUCUGGUUGACUGCUCACCUCUCUCCUGCCCUCGCCCGCACGCACACAGGUCAUGUGUCUGUCGGGCUUUGGUCAUGUAUCUGUCCGGCUUCGGUGUGCCAGCAGCCAUGCUCACAUCGACAACCUCCAAAGACGAGGAACGGGCGAUCUAUGCUACAACGUCCAAGGAAGAGGAGGAGCGGGCGAUCUAUGCUACUCUGACUGCCUUCUUCUCUCUUGCCCCUCCCCCAUACACAGGUCAUGUGAGGUGCACUGCUGCAACCAGUGGGGGCAUAACUGACUAUGCCCCUCCUACACAUUCACUUUCCCCCACACCCCUGUUCAACCCCUCCUCCUCCCUCUUCCCUUAUCAGGAGGCGCAUUGCUGCAGCCAGUGGGGCCAUGAUUUCCGCCCCGACUAUGCUCAUCUCUCAGUGCUAAAAAAGCAGUUCCCCAAGACGCCCAUGCUCGCCCUCACAGCAACAGCGACAGAGCGAGUGAGGGACGAUGUGAGGGACAUGCUUCAAAUGCGGCGAUGCGAGCUGUUUGUCUCCUCUGUCAACCGGCCCAAUCUCUUCUACGAGGUGCGGGAGAAGCCGCCUGGUGCUGCAUCUGCUGUAGAGUCUAUUGCAGGCUUCAUUCUGGAGCACUACGCUCCCUCUGACUCGGGCAUCGUCUAUUGCUUCUCGAGGAAGGAGUGCGAGCAGGUAGCAGCAGAGCUGUCACUGCGUGGCAUCCCAGCAGCGCACUACCAUGCCGACAUGGACCCAGCCCACCGCACUCACGUGCAUGUGAGCUGGAGUCGGGGGGAAGAGCAAGUCAUUGUGGGGACUGUGAGUGACAGGGAGGAUGGAAGGGAAAGCGAUUUCUUUCCCUGA